GCCCGCGGUGACGUCACGGCUUUGCAGGCUUUGUUUGUCCGGAGCUGCUGCUGAGCCUCAGACGGACCUCCGAGCCCCCAGCACACCGAACUUCAGCGCCUUCCUCCGGACUCGCCCGCCGCAGACAUGCCGUCAGACAGACCCUUCAAGCAGCGGAGGACCUUCGCUGAUCGGUGCAAAGAGGUGCAGCAGAUCCGGGAGCAGCAUCCGAACAAGAUUCCCGUGAUCAUCGAGCGGUACAAGGGCGAGAAGCAGCUUCCUGUUCUGGACAAGACCAAGUUCCUGGUUCCUGAUCACGUCAACAUGAGUGAGCUGGUGAAGAUCAUCAGGCGCCGGCUGCAGCUCAACCCCACCCAGGCCUUCUUCCUGCUGGUCAACCAGCACAGCAUGGUGUCCGUGUCCACUCCCAUCUCUGAGAUCUACGAGCAGGAGCGGGACGAGGACGGCUUCCUCUACAUGGUGUACGCCUCCCAGGAGACCUUCGGCUGCUAGAGAGGAGGAGGAAGAGGACGGUGGAUGGAGUGACGGAGGCGGAGGUCGCCCCGGAAACCGCCGCGUUCCUCUCCACGUUCAGACUCUUUAGUUUAUCCCUUCAUACGACACAAGCUGCAGAUGCCAGCAGAGGGCGCUCUGCUUUUCUUUCCCCCACACAGGCAGAGUUCUCUUACUUUGAAAUGACACAAACCGACCAAUCACGGUAGAGUUUUAGAGAAUGUAGAGAUUGAUCCGUCGGUUCUGGUCUCAACACUAAACGUGUAUCAGGUGCGUGAACGCCACACGGCUCAUUUCAACCGUUUCAGCUUUUUUUUCUGAGUUUUAACUGAAGUUUAGUUUGUUUACAGUCAACAUGAAGCUCAACCCCCCCCCCCCCCAGAGAUCCUCGUCAGUAACGAUGUGCAAUAUCCGCCCGCGCACGCCUCACCCAGCUGUUAGCACAACGUCAGCUCGCCACGCCUUCUUUCAGCGCCAUGAAUCAGACUCGGUCUGGUAAAGCCAGAAUCUCGUGCUGCUUUCAUGGCCGCUAAGGGCGACUGUAGUUUUUAGUGUUAAAUGCAGCGGAAACUAUGAUGUUACAAAGCGACGCCGUGGCGCCGGCGGAGAAUCUGACGGGUCGAUUGAGGAGAAGCUCAUUGGAUCUCUCCUAGAAGUCAGGAUGUAAUAAAGUUUGAGGGUGGCGCCUCCUUCUGGUCUGUAGAAACACUAAAUCACCCCAGAGUCAAGCGUUAAACAGAAAAAGAAAAUAUUUAAUGUAGGAACUGAAUGAGCUUUUUUUGCACAUGAAUCAAACUGAAAGAUUAGGCUUUUUUUCCAUGUUUCUUUACGACUGUAUGUUUAUAAUAACCUUCAUCUUUUUGUACCUGCUCCCAGUCUGCCUUCCUUUAACAGGAAUUUAUAGAAAACGUUUGUUCUGCACUACAAACCCUGCAUGUUUUCACUUUUUUAUAGAAAUGUAAACUGAUUUUAUGCCAUAAAUAUAAAUGUUUCCUUUUAACUUAGAAAAAAAAAGUUUUUUUAGAUGUUUUUUUUCCCCCCCUGAACCAAAAACAUUAACCUAAGUGUACGUGUGAAACCAAGUGUGCGUCAUAUAAUCAAGCUGUAUCACCGUGUUUUUCUUUAGGCUUCCGGCAGGUGUCGCUGUUUUCCGUUGGUGUACAUAGAUGCAUUGCUGCGACCUGACUCAGAGCGUUGCCAGUAAAUAAAUAGAUAAAAAUAAACCUUU